CACAGGAGGCCGUGGCAGACCUGGUAUUUUUGGUGGACGGCUCGUGGAGCAUCGGGACUCAGAACUUUGAGCAGAUCCGUCGGUUCCUGUCAUCUCUGGUGAGCAGCUUUGACGUGGGAGUGGGACGAGUGCGUGUGGGGCUAGUACAGUACAGCAACACGCCUCGCACAGAGUUCUACCUGAACAUGCACCAGAGCCAAGCCCAGGUGCUGAACGCCAUCCGCCGCUUGCCGUACAUGGGCGGGGGCACGCACACGGGGCUGGGGUUGGACUUUCUCCUGAGAAACGCCUUCACAGCGGCGGCUGGAAGCAGAGCCAAUCAGAACGUUCCUCAGAUCGGAGUGGUCAUUACAGAUGGGAAGUCUCAGGACGAUGUGGUGCAAGAGGCGAGGCGGCUGAAGGAGCGUGGGAUCAUGCUUUAUGCCAUCGGAAUCAAAGACGCGGACGAGGAGCAGCUCAAAGACAUCGCCCAAGACAAUGUGUACAGCGUGUCUGACUUCAACGCGCUCCAAGAGAUCUCCAUGAAUAUCAUCCAGACUCUGUGCACCACUGUGGAGGAAGCCAAGAGCCAGAUCACCCAGCUAUCUAAAGAAUGUGCCAAAGCCACUGUGGCCGACAUCGUGUUCCUGAUCGAUGGAUCGUCCAGUAUUGGGCUGAGCAAUUUCGAGGAGAUGAGAACGUUCCUCAAGAGAGUGGUUUCAGGGCUGGACAUCGCAGAAGACAAGGUACGUGUAGGCCUGGCACAGUACAGUGACGAGCCAUACCAAGAGUUCCUCCUCAAAGAUCACACAGACAAGAAGAGCAUCCUGGAGCAGCUGGACACAUUCCCAUACAGAACUGGAGGAACCGAGACCGGGAAGGCUCUGAACUUUCUCCGGACACAGUACUUCAAAACAGAGGCCGGGAGCAGGAUGGACCAGAGAGUCCCUCAGAUUGCAGUGGUCAUUACAGACGGGGACUCCAUAGACCAUGUCCUGGGUCCUGCUCAAGAACUCAAACAGCUGGGAGUCCUGGUCUUCACCAUCGGAGUGGGUCAAGCUAAUGUUGACCAGCUCAAAGAGAUCUCAUCCAGACCCUUCCAGAGGUUUAUGCUAAAGAUUGACUCCUACCAGGCUCUGCAAAGGCUCACAGAGGAACUACUGCAAACUGUGUGUGUGUCCAUGGAGGACAUCAGAGUGGCUCUGGCAGAGAAGUUCGCAGACAUCUUUUUCCUGGUGGACAGUGGUCUUACCCAGCAGGAGUUCCAGCAGGUCAGGGCCUUCUUGAACCGCAUGGUGAGCCAACUGAAUGUGGGGGCAGAUGCCUACAGGAUCGGCCUGGCUCAGUACGGAGCCUCGGUGAAGGUGGAAUUCCUCCUGAACACUCAUGAGACCAAAGAGCAGACGAUAGCUGACAUGCGACGCUUCCGACUCCGCAAACAGCCCAAUGAGCCACGUAACCUAGGCUCUGCCCUCAAAAACGCUAACGCCACCUUCUUCUCGUCGGAGGCGGGCGGUCGAGCAGAGCUGGGGUUCAGACAGUACCUGGUGGUGCUGAGCGGGAAGGCAUCUGACGACCCGGUAUUCAAAGCCUCACGUCUCAUUAAGUCCACGGGCAUCAUUGUGGUGGGGCUCAGCUUGGGGGCGCCUGAGAGCGAGAUGAAGGUGGUCUCCUCAGCGCCGUACGUCUACAUGUUUGUGCCCAACAUAGCGCCAACGCUCAAGGCCGUGUUCGAGACCCAGGAGGUGGACUCGGCCGUCACCGGAGACUGCCGCUCGGCUCGUCUGGCUGACAUCGUCUUCAUUGUGGACGAGUCCGGGAGUAUCAGGACCCAAAACUUCCAGCUUGUGAGAACGUUCCUGCAUUCCAUAGUGAGCGGGUUGGAAGUCAGUCCGAACCGCGUGCGAGUGGGCGUGGUCACGUAUAACGACCACCCAGCAGCACAGGUGUACCUCGACAGCUUCAACAACAAAACCGAGCUCCUGAACUUCCUCAAAAUCUUGCCAUAUCAUGGAGGAGGAACCAACACUGGAAAAGCCCUGAACUACACCCGACAGAACGUGUUCACCGCAGCCAGGGGCAGCCGCCAGGGCAAGGGCGUCCAGCAGGUGGCAGUGAUCAUCACCGAUGGAAAGUCUCAGGAUGACGUGGUGGCUGCAGGGGCACAGCUGCGCAGAGCCGGGGUCACAGUCUAUGCUCUCGGGGUAAAGGACGCCAACAAAGUUGAGCUGGAAAAGAUGGCAUCCUAUCCCACCAACAAACACACGUUCAUUGUGAACAGCUUCACCAAACUCAAGUCUGUGGAGCAGGUUCUACAAAAGACUUUGUGCCACAACAUCUUCAGAGACGCCAUCACAGUGUCCACCAGGAGAACAGGCAUCAAAGAAGGCUGUGUGCAGACGGACGAGGCAGACAUCUUUUUCCUGAUUGAUCACUCUGGGAGUAUCUACCCCUCGGACUUCCAGGACAUGAAGAAGUUCAUCAUCGAGUUCCUCCACACCUUCAGGAUUGGUCCGGACCAUGUGAGAAUGGGCGUGGCCAAGUACGCAGACGACCCCGAGCUGGAGUUUGACCUCUCCGCAUUUACAGAUGCGCGGACUAUGGAGCGCGCUGUGGAGGGCAUCCAGCAGAGAGGGGGUGGUACUGAGACCGGCAAAGCUCUGAGUUUCAUGGGCCCCUUGUUCAAGAAUGCAGAGGCCACCAGGGGGCAGAAGGUUUCAGAGUACCUGGUGGUGAUCACAGAUGGGGAGUCGUCGGAUGAGGUGAAAGCUUCAGCUGAGGCACUCCGAGCUCAGGGCGUAACCAUCUACGCCAUUGGGGUGAAGAACGCCGUUGUGGGGGAGCUUUUGGAGAUCUCAGGAGACCCCAAAAAGAUGUUCUUCGUCCACAACUUUGAUUCCCUCAAGCCCAUCAAGGAUGACAUCAUCACAGACAUCUGCUCCACAGAGGUGUGUAAAGACGCAGCUGGGGACCUGCUGUUCCUGGUGGACAGUUCUGGGAGCAUUUUUCCAGAGGACUAUGAGAAGAUGAAGAACUUCAUGAAGGCAGUGAUGGGGAAGUCCUCCAUAGGUCCAGACUUAGUCCACUUCGGUGUCCUUCAGUUCAGCACAGUGCAGAAGCCGGAGUUCCCCCUGAACCAGUUCUUCUCCAAAGAGCAGCUGGUGCAGGCAGUGGACGGCAUAACGCAGCUUGGGGGCGGGACUCACACGGGUGCUGCCAUUGCAUAUGCACAGCAGUACUUUGACGCCGCCAGAGGGGGGCGCCCUGCACUCACACAGAGGCUCGUGGUCAUUACUGAUGGAGAGGCACAGGACGAGGUCAAAGGUCCCGCACAGAGGCUGAGGGACAGUGGAGUGGUGAUCUACGCGAUUGGUGUGGUCGGUGCUAAUACCACUCAGCUCGAAGAGAUCAGCGGCACUCCUGACAGGGUCUAUGCCGAGAAGGACUACGAUGCCCUCAAAGAUCUGGAAAACCAGCUCUCUCUCGAGAUCUGCAACCCCGAGCGAGAGUGUAAGAAGACAGAGAAAGCAGACAUCAUCUUCCUAGUAGACGGCUCCACCAGCAUUAGCCAGGAGAAGUUCUGGAGCAUGCAGAAGUUCAUGUCUGCGAUGGUGAACCAGACCACGGUGGGCUCCAACCUCACACGCUUCGGAGUCAUCCUCUACUCCAAUGACCCCAGGUCCAUCUUCACUCUAAACCAAUACUCAUCCAAACGAGAAAUUCUCCAGGCCAUUGGUAACCUCACAAGCCCCACCGGAGAUACCUACACUGGCAAAGCUCUCGCCUACUCCCUCCAGUAUUUUGGAGCAGAGCACGGAGGAAGAGCAGCACAGAGGAUUCCACAGAUGCUCAUGGUGAUCACAGACGGGGAUGCCACUGACAGGUACAGCCUUGUGGUGCCCUCUAAAGCCUUGGCGAAGAAUGGAGUGGCAGUCUUCAGCAUCGGGGUGGAGGGAGCAAACCGCACGCAGCUGGAGAUCAUGACUGAGAACAAGACCUCACGAGUCUUCUACGUUGAUAACUUUGACGCUCUGGAGACCCUCUACAAGAACAUCAGUGAUGUCAUCUGUACUGAAAUCAAACCAGAGUGUGAGAAGCAGCAGGCAGACCUGGUCUUCCUCCUGGACCAGUCUGGUUCCAUUGUUCAAAAGGACUACAAGAUCAUGAAGAACUUCACGGUGGAGCUGGUGCAGCGCUUCAACAUUUCCCAAGAUAAGGUCCGAGUGGGAUUGGCACAGUUCAGCAGCACCUUUCAACACCAACUCUACCUCAACGACCUGGACUCAGAGAAGGAGGUGGUAAAGCAUAUCCUCAACCUGGUGCAGCUGGGGGGUGGGACCAACAUCGGCCACGCACUGAACUCGUUGCAGGAGUACUUCACGGCCAAGCGGGGCAGUAGGCGUGACCAGGAGAUCUCUCAGAACCUGGUGUUGAUCACAGACGGAGACAGCCAGGACGCAGUGGAGGAUGCAGCCGCUCGUCUGCGCACAAUGGGUGUGGAGAUCUUUGUCAUCGGCGUUGGACACGUGCACAAGUUGGAGCUGCUGCAGAUUACAAAGAAUCCUGAACGUCUCUUUACCGUCAACGACUUUGGGAGUCUGGAGACUAUCAAGACUAAGGUUGUGGACACCAUCUGCAAGUCCCGCACACCCAGUGACGAAUCAGGCUGCAGUAUAGACAUCGCUCUGGGCUUUGACGUGUCUCAUCGUGGCGGUUUUGUUCCAGGCACUCCCCUCGUUUCUGGACAGGUCAAACUUCAGUCCUUCCUCCCUGAGAUAGCUCGCUAUCUCUCCUCUGUCCCCAAACUGUGCUGCACUACAGGGACGGUCAAACCAAACUUGGCGUUCCGUGUGCUGGACACGAGCAAUCAGCUGAUCUUCGACACGAACUUUGAACCCUACAAUGCAGGCGUGGUCACCAAGCUCCUCGCCCUCCGCCCUGUCCAGCCCUCCCUUUUUAACUCCGCUCUCUUGGAAUCGUUUAGGGAGAUGUUCAAGGUCAAGUCCAAAGCUGGGGUCAAAGUACUUGUGGUGUUCUCCGACGGACUGGACGAAGACAUGAGGAAGCUCGAAGCACAGUCUGAACAACUGCUCAAGUCUGGUGUCAGUGCUCUCCUAGUGGUGGCGCUGGAGGGAGCUCGAGACCAGGAGCAGAUGCAGAUGUUGGAGUUCGGUCGAGGGUUUACAUACAGACUUCCUCUGAACAUUGGGAUGCACAGUGUGGCCUCCACCGUGCUCAAGCAGAUCGACGCUGUGUCAGACAGAGAGUGCUGUAAAGUCUCCUGUAAAUGCUCUGGACAUGAAGGAGAGAGGGGCCUCCCAGGCCCACCGGGGUUAAAGGGAGGAGCGGGGCAGAAGGGAUACCCAGGAUUCCCAGGAGAUGAAGGCGUUGCCGGCGAUCGCGGGCAGCCUGGACCCAGUGGACCUCCGGGAGUAGAGGGAUGUCCCGGACUGAGGGGACAGAAGGGUUACAGAGGCCUCCGAGGAAACAGGGGAGAAGAUGGAGAGGAUGGGCUCAACGGGGUCAACGGAGAACAGGGCGUGUCAGGGAAAGAGGGAGCUAAAGGAGCCCCAGGACGACCUGGAGAUGCUGGAAUCCCUGGACUGAGAGGAGAGGCGGGAUUCAAGGGUCAGAGAGGGCUGCGUGGAGACCCCGGAGCACCAGGAGCUGAUAACACAACUCCAGGACCCAAAGGAGACCCUGGAAACCCAGGAUUACCGGGAGCCCCCGGAGGAGACGGACGAUCCGGAGAGAGCGGGACAGUGGGAAACCCGGGUGCUGACGGCAGGCGAGGACCUCCUGGAGAAAAGGGAGCAACCGGAGCUCCAGGAGACGCUGGACCCACAGGGACACCUGGAGCCUCAGGACCCCAGGGCGUCAGAGGAGUGAGGGGUCAGCCAGGUCUCCGAGGACCCCAGGGUCUGCCCGGAGCUCAGGGAGGACCAGGAGCAGCUGGAGGUCCAGGUCUGAGUGGGAGACGAGGCGCCAACGGACAAAAGGGACAGCCCGGAGAGCCUGGAGAGCAGGGAGUCCCCGGAACCCAGGGCGCCCGAGGACCCCCGGGUGUGGACGGCAGAGACGGGUAUGGACCCCCGGGACCCCGCGGAGCAAAGGGAGACACAGGCUUCCCUGGACACCCAGGGCUAAUGGGAGAAGAUGGUCUCCAGGGUCCCAAAGGGUUUCCUGGACGCAAAGGCAACCGUGGACGAGGGGGAGACUCGGGGCCUCCGGGUGGAGCUGGAAGUCCAGGAGAGCCGGGAUUCCCUGGACAUAAGGGACCUCCAGGUCCAGCUGGACAAAGGAUGAACGAGUGUGAGCUGGUCCAGUACAUCCAACAGAACUGUGCCUGCUCCCUCGAUCAGGUGGAGUGCCCGGUGGUGCCCACAGAGCUGGUGGUGGGCCUGGACAUGUCUGAGGAUGUAUCUCCGGUGGCAUUUGAAAGACAGCGCUCGUUGGUUUUGUCCCUUCUGUCCUCUCUCUCCAUCAGUGAGUCGGACUGUCCCCGUGGUGCCAGAGUCUCCGUGGUCGGUUUUGGCUCCAGGACCAAGUACCUGGUCCGGUUCUCUGACUAUAAAAGGAAAGGCCAGCUCCUAGAUGCCGUGAAGAACAUCGCCCUUGAGAGGACGUCCAGCAAAAGACAGCUCGGAGCGGCUAUGAGGUUUGUGGGCCAUAACGUGUUUAAGCGAGUCCGCUCUGGCGCCAUGGUGCGAAAGGUGGCAUUGUUCCUGUCGAACGGAGCGACGCAGGACAUGAGUGAGCUGGUUACCGCGGUGAUGGAGCUGCGUGCGCUUGCCAUCGCCCCCGUCAUUCUGUCGCUAAAGCCCGCUCCCGAGGUCGAAAAGGCACUGCAGGUGGACGACACUGGGAUCUCCAUGUUCUCGGUUUUUGGUCGCAAUGAAGAAGAAGCUCUGAAGAGGAUAAAGAACUGUGCUCUGUGCUAUGACCCGUGCAGUCCAUCUGAGGCCUGCUUCUUCUCCCAGAACCGGCCCGUGGCUGUGGACCUGGACUUGGCCCUCGUUCUGGACGGGUCUCGGGAGGUCCCUCAGGAUGAAUUCAGGGGGUUCCAAGAGCUUCUGGGUUCUGUGGUGUCUCAAGUGCAGCUCAGUCCGACCCCCCAGAGACCGGGUCCGGGACAGGUACGGGUUGGCCUGGUCCAGAUGAGUGGAGCCAUCCCCACACUGGAGUUUGGACUGGACCAGUACCAGAACCAGGACCAGAUUCAGACCCACCUGCUCCAAAAGGUCCAACAGCAGAAAGGCUCCUCCAGCCUGGGCCAAGCACUGGAGUACACCCUGAAGAAGGUGCUGUUGAAGACUGGCUCUCCGCGCAGACAGAGGGCACUACUCUUUGUGUUGGGGACGUCGUCGGGGUCUUUGAAGGACCGGGCGCGCCUGGACUUUGUUUCCCAACAGGCCUUGUGUGAGGGUGUGACAGUCGCUGUGGUGACCGUGGGCUCCAGGUUUAACCGCUCUCAAGUGGAGCGCAUGGUCAGUCCUCCUCUGGACCAGCACCUGGUUCACCUGGACCGGAUCCGACUGGACCAACAGGAGUAUGCCCAGAGGUUCCUCAGGGUGCUCCUGUCAGUGCUCAGUAAGCGUGUGAACUCAUAUCCUCCUCCCUCUCUCCUGAGCACUUGUGGACAGUUCCAGGGACAGACUGGACAGGGUCCUCUAAUCGUGGACGAGUUGGAGGUGUUUGAGGAGGAGCCAGAGCAUUUCCAGGAGCAGACAGGAACAGGCCAGUCGAUCAGGGGAGGCCAGGUGCAAACCCUGAGCAGACAAGUGGAGACAGGAGCGGGACAGGUACUGGUGGACCUGUCUCACGUCUGGGCCAGAGGAGACAGACAGAAGAACCAUGAAGAAAAGGUGGUCCUUCUAACUCAGACCGAGCUGCUGUCCAAAGACGUGUGUGUUCUGGGCCAGGACCCCGGCACUUGUGCCAAUUACUCCAUGAUGUGGUUCUUCGACUCGGUCCAGAGGGAAUGUUCCCGGUUCUGGUUCGGAGGCUGUGGAGGGAACGCCAACCGCUUCAGCACGCAGCAGGAGUGUGAGGCACUGUGUUUGGGUGCAAAAUAGAACCAGCAUCCCCAACAGAACUUUCCAAAACCAGUGAUUUGUCCCAGUUUUAGACAAGAAAUGUCAAAGGUGACCCUAUUUUUGACCAAUUUAAUACAUGCCAACACUGCAGAGGGGCACAUAUUGUUAUUUGUUCAGCUAAAACACAAAAAGGUAUGCUUUAAAAUUAAUAUAACCUCCUGAGA